AUGUCCCCGGCGGGCUGGGAGGCCCUGGUGGCCCUGGCGGCGGUGGCCUGCCUGGCCGAAGGGGUGCGCGGCGGCUACGGCUUGAACAUGUUCGCCGUGCAGACGGCCCCGCAGCCGGAUCCCUGCUACGACGAGAACGGGCAGCCGCGGCGCUGCAUCCCGGACUUCGUCAACGCCGCCUUCGGCAAGGAGGUGAAGGUGUCGAGCACCUGCGGCCGCCCCCAGUCGCGCUACUGCGUGCUGGCCGAGAAGGGCGAGGAGCGGAGCCGCAGCUGCCACCUGUGCGACGCCGCCGACCCCAAGCGGGCCCACCCCGCCUCCUACCUGACCGACCUCAACAACCCGCACAACCUGACCUGCUGGCAGUCGGAGAGCUUCGUGCAGCACCCGCUCAACGUGACGCUGGUGCUGGCGCUGGGCAAAAAGUUCGAGGUGACCUACGUCAGCCUGCAGUUCUGCUCGCCGCGGCCGGAGUCCAUGGCCAUCGCCAAGUCCAUGGACGGCGGCAAGAGCUGGGUGCCCUUCCAGUUCUACUCCACGCAGUGCCGCAAGAUGUACAACAAGCCCAGCCGCGCCGCCAUCACCAAGCAGAACGAGCAGGAGGCCAUCUGCACCGACUCGCACACCGACAUGCGGCCCCUGAGCGGCGGGCUCAUCGCCUUCAGCACCCUCGACGGCCGGCCCUCGGCCCACGACUUCGACAACUCGCCCGUCUUGCAGGACUGGGUGACGGCCACCGACAUCCGGGUGGUCUUCAGCCGCCUCCACACCUUCGGCGACGAGAACGAGGACGACUCCGAGCUGGCCCGCGAUUCCUACUACUACGCCGUCUCCGACCUGCAGGUGGGCGGCCGCUGCAAGUGCAACGGGCACGCCUCCCGCUGCGUCCGGGACCGUGAUGACCACCUGGUCUGCGACUGCAAGCACAACACCGCCGGGCCCGAGUGCGACCGCUGCAAGCCUUUCCACUACGACCGGCCCUGGCAGAGGGCCACCGCCCGAGAAGCCAACGAGUGCGUCGCUUGUAACUGCAACCUGCAUGCCAGAAGGUGUCGUUUUAACAUGGAACUCUACAAAUUAUCCGGUCGCAAGAGUGGGGGUGUUUGCCUUAAUUGCCGACACAACACAGCUGGUCGUCACUGCCACUAUUGUAAAGAAGGCUACUAUCGGGAUAUGACCAAACCUAUCACGCACAGGAAAGCAUGCAAAGCAUGCGAUUGCCAUCCCGUGGGUGCAGCUGGAAAAACCUGUAAUCAAACUACAGGGCAAUGUCCCUGCAAAGAUGGUGUGACGGGCAUCACUUGUAAUCGAUGUGCCAAAGGCUACCAGCAAAGCAGAUCUCCCAUUGCCCCCUGCAUAAAGAUUCCUGUUGUUCCUCCUACCACUGUGGCCAGCAGCACAGAAAAGCCUGCAGACUGUGAUACCUACUGCAAGGCAUCCAAAGGGAAGCUGAAGAUAAACAUGAAGAAGUAUUGCAAGAAAGACUAUGCUGUCCAGAUCCACAUCUUGAAAGCAGAGAAAGCUGCAGAAUGGUGGAAGUUCACAGUAAACAUCAUCUCUGUUUACAAGCAAGGGGCGAAUCGAAUACGGCGUGGUGACCAGAUCCUCUGGAUACGCUCCAAGGACAUUGCCUGCAAGUGUCCCAAGGUCAAGUCUAUGAAGAAAUAUUUGUUACUGGGCCAUGAUGAGAACUCUCCAGAUCAGAAUGGUCUUGUAGCAGACAAAAGCAGCCUUGUGAUACAAUGGAGGGACACAUGGGCCAGGCGCCUGAGAAAGUUCCAGCAACGAGAAAAGAAGGGGAAAUGCAAGAAAGCCUAGAGGGAAGAUCAGAGACAAGGAAAGACUGCACAUCCUUUCGUGUCCGAGUCAGAGCAGAUGAGGUGGGAUUAGGGACACUGGCAAGAAGCUCACUUUGCAAUUUAUAUGCAACUGGGUGGGGAGGACAAGUGAGGAAUUAAUAACUUUUGAGUUAUGCCCAUUUUGGCCCUCAUAAAUACAAAACCCACACAAAAACUAGUGAGAAAACUAAUUGUAAAUCCCUACUCACCAUAGUAACAAAUAUUAGAUCAGUUACUACUUCCCGUUCUCCCAUUUGAUUUCCUUUUUUUCACUUUUUUCCUCAAAUUAUUUUGGUCUGAAGAAUGAUGAACUGCCUUAAAUUCACCACCUUAACUACUUCUCAAGUCCAAACAUAAGAACCAACCAACUUGUCACUGAAAAGAACGAUAUUGGAAAGAGAUUGCUGCUGCUAGGAAGAACAGACGAACGGGAUUGUUGGCUAAAAAUUGAUCAUGGGGUACUGCAUAACAGUCUGCUGGAUGGUUCUUCUAUCAUUUGUUACACAGCAUUUUACAAGACUGUACCGUACUUGCCAUUGUAAAUGAGAGCAGUCACAAAUGUGUGAAAUGUACACUAAAUUCUUAUUGCUCAUAUAAAAAAUGCAACUUGCUUCUAA